AUACCACGUCCUUGAUGGUCUCGAGGACUUGAACUAUUACCAAAAAGAAGGAAGUAAUAAAACUGCAGCCCCACUUGGCCACUUUACACGCUCCAUGCUCUGAAACCAUAGACCGUCCGACACCGGUCCUCACUCGCACCAGUUUUUCCGGUCGGUCAUUUCCGCCUAAACCUCAGAAAAAGCUGCUCCCAAAGAGAUCUUGAUGCUUCCAAUAUCAAUCUCAAAAUCCCCUUGUUUUCCCAACUCCAGCACCCCCAUACCCUCCCCUAAAAAACCCCAAACUCCCGAACCCAGUUCAAUCGAACGCAAAAACUCCUCCAACUCUCUCCAUUUGCAGCCUUAUCCCUUUCUACCCUGCCAUCACCGCUUAUGGCUACUCUUUUUCAUCAUCUCACUCCAGAUAAUCCUCCUGCUCAUGGCUCGCGCCCUCCCUCUCUCCCAUCGCCGAACCCAUUUCCCGUCCCCUUUAUCCGCCGAUCAGCACCUCCUCCAAAAUUCGGCUAACAUUUCAUCAACCCUUUCCUCUUCCUCCCACCACCUACAAGCCGCCGACAUAUCGAUUUCGUCCACUGUUUCACAAUCCGACCAGUGUUCUUCGGGCCGUAUAUUCGUCUACAACUUGCCGGCUGUUUUCAACAAAGAGUUUUACGCGGGCCUCGCCGUGGGGAAAUACUUAUGGUUCAAUUAUAGUUCUAAAGAUCGUGAUCGAUACUGCGAGAUGAUAUUGAGUUGGGUGCAAGAUCAACCGUACUGGAACCGUUCCGACGGCUGGGAUCAUUUCAUGACAAUGGGGCGCAUCACAUGGGAUUUCCGGCGGUCCAAAAACGAAGAAUGGGGCUCCAGAUGUAUUUACAUGCCAGGUAUGAGACAUAUCACGCGCCUUUUGAUUGAACGAAACCCCUGGGACUAUUUCGACGUCGGUGUGCCUUACCCGACUGGAUUCCAUCCCAGAACGGACUCCGACGUCUUGCAAUGGCAAGACUUCGUCCGUUACCGUAACCGCAAAACCCUCUUCUGCUUCGCCGGAGCGCCACGUGGCGCCGUCAAGAACGACUUCAGAAGCUUGCUGUUGAGCCAUUGCAAGAACGCGUCGGGGUUAUGCCGGGCCGUCAACUGUGCGGGUACCCGCUGCUCCAACGGCAGUUCCGCGAUCCUCGAAACUUUUUUGGAUUCCGAUUUUUGCUUGCAGCCGAGAGGCGACAGUUUCACCCGCAGGUCAAUUUUUGACUGCAUGGUGGCCGGUUCAAUCCCGGUUUUUUUCUGGCAUCGAACGGCUUACCUUCAGUACCAGUGGUUUUUACCGAGUGAUCCAAAGAGUUAUUCCGUUUUUAUCCGCCGUAACGAGGUAAAAAACGGGACAUCUCUUAAAAGCGUGCUUGAAAGUUACACUAGAGAAGAGGUGAAAAUAAUGAGGGAGAAAGUGAUCGAAUAUAUUCCUAAGUUAGUAUAUGCAGAACCUCAAAAUGGUUUGGAGAGUAUAAAGGAUGCGUUUGAUGUUGCCAUUGAUGGAGUAUUAAAUAGAAUUAAGGAGCAAGAGCAGCCAGGAUACAAGUGGAAAUGAUUUACAAGGUUAGGGUAAAAAAGAAUGGACAAAAUAGGAUUAUACCCAGAAUAAAGGUUUUCAGAAUAGAAUUUCUUUUUAUUUUUUUAAUUUUUAUAGAAUGUGAUAGAGGCAUGUCUAUUCUUUCCCACAUUGUUGUAAUUUGUAUUUUUGUACGCAUAUAUAAUAAUAAUAACAACAACAUAGUGGUAUUUCUCUUA